AAUGAGACCAACGUAAUGAAAAAUGAAUAUUUCGAAAAGAGAAAGAGGGAUGAGAAUUUUUUAAUAUCUGUAGGAGUUAUAGAAGAAGAAAAACCAGACAAGAAAAGAAAGAGGAUUCGAAUUGAAAAUUAUGUUUCAGACGUAGUAUCUAUGUACUCUGACAAAGAAUUUAAAAGUCAUUUUCGCCUAUCGCGUACAACAGUAGAGAUACUUUUACAAUGUCUUCCCAAUCCAAAGGUGAAAACAAAGCCCCUAAUUGAAAAAGAAAAAAAUUUGCUUAUAUUCUUGUGGUUAGUUGGCAAUCAGGAAACAUACAGAGAAGUAGCUGACAGAUUUGGGGUAACUGAAAGCCAUGCACACGGUGUGUUUAUGAAAUAUUGUGAUCACAUUUCAGCUUUGGCUACUAAAUUUAUUUGCUGGCCUAUUGGUGAAGAAGCUGAAAGAUCCAUUCGAGCAUUUGAAGCUCUACGACAAGUGCCUUUUCCUGGUGUAAUAGGUGCCAUAGAUGGCACCUAUGUCGAAUUUUCGGCACUAAAGGAAGAAAAAAAUGAACAUAUCACUAGAAAACAAACUGCUGCUGUUGUGCUUCAAGCAGUUUGCAGAAGCAAUUUGCUUUUUAUUGAUAUAUUUGCAGGAUGGCCUGGAUCAUCAAAUGACGCAAGGGUGUUCCGAAAUAGUCCUCUCUAUUCCAAAUUGGGAGAUCCACAGUUUUUUCCAAACAAUUGUCACAUGAUAGGAGAUUGUGCAUAUCCUCUAUCAAAAUCACUCCUAACACCUUAUCGUGAUACUGGCUAUUUAACAAGAAAAGAGAAAAACUAUAACAAAGUUUUAAGCUCAAGUAGAGUUGUCAUUGAACAAGCUUUUGGCCAUUUGUUUGGUAGAUUCCGAAAACUAAGAUAUUUAUAUAUCAGAAAGAGAGCUUUGGUUCCAAAAGUCAUCACUGCCUGUUGUGUACUGCAUAAUUUUUGUAUUAUGCAUAAUGAUCAGAGUACAGAUGUUGAAAUUGUUAGUGAAGAGAAUGGUCUAGAAGAACUGGAAGAACCCCGCAGCAGUUAUUCAAAUACUGAUGGAGCAGCUAAGAGGAACUUGAUAGCAACUCAGUUGUUCUGAGACUGGGUGAUGUUAUUGGGCUGUAUGUACUGUACAAUACACUUUACUAUAUGAAUUGUGUUUCAAUGUAAUAAAAUAUUGUUUGGAAUGUAUUAUUAAGUAUUAUAAUUUUGUUGAGAUGGAUACUAUACAUAAGUGUCUUGGUAUGAUACAUCUACUUUAAACAGUUAAAAAUUUAAAUUUCAGUGUCUUAAAUAAAAAAAAAAUGACAAUGCUUUUUAUUAAAAUUAUUUGAAUUUGUUAAUUUAAAAAAUAAUCUUUAU